GGCCUUGUUUGUUAGCCGGUGGACUCCUAGUUCGUAUAUGGUAAUCUAUCUGCAUCUUUGCAGUAACAGAAAUUCGUCGUUUGAUAUUUGUUCUUGUUGGUUGAAAAUCACGUGACCUACACGCGACUCAGGCCCUCUGGUAAAGAUGGCGACGGAUGGAUAGAGAACUAGAAGAGUGAAGGAACAACAUCAACUGAACCACUGCGACAGUCUGGAUCCUACGUAAACGCUUUAUGAUGGAUCCCGGACAGGAUUUGCUCUUGGCAGCCCUAAGUGAAAGUGGAAUCUGCCCCAAUGACCUUUUUGACAUUGAUCCUCAGGACACCGCCCAACCGUCUGCUUCACAACAGCCAGUCUCCAUGAACGCACUGGAUGUCGAUCUGGCCACUGAGACGACAGGACUUGUCAGGCUUGAGCCUGUUGCUCCACCCACCCCCUCAGUCACCAUCAGACAAAGACCUCAACCCUCAACCACCACAUUUGUCUUAAAUCAACUGAACCAGCUGCCCUCGCUGGGAACCAUCGUCGUCACCAAGCCGUCGGCCGGGACGCCCUCCAGACAGACCAUCACGGUGACGAAGGUCGUACACUCGGCCCCGGUGGCUCAGCAAGGCUCUUCUUCCGCGGCCCCGACCGUCUGCACGGUGGUGCCCCCAGGGGGGCGGGAGCAGAUCAGACUGAAGGAUCUUCUUAGGACCAGCACGAUGAAGACCAGCAGUCUGGGAGAACUCAUGAAACUCAAGCCUCCACCCGACAUCGCUCAGCCCGUCGCCACGGCUACGGCCGAGUUAAACAAUGGCGUAAAGAAAGAGGUGACCGGCAAAGACGUCGCCAGAAUCUGGAUCAAUGACGAAAUGAAAAUGCGGAGUUUCUCGCUGACAAACAAAAUCCCAGGAGUAAAGGAAGAGGAGGAGCCAGAGGAAGAUGAGGAAGAAGAGCUGGGACAUGCAGAGACCUAUGCAGAAUACAUGCCAAUGAAACUGAAGAUUGGGUUGCGACAUCCUGACCCAGUGGUUGAGACUAGCUCGCUGUCCAGUGUCAGUCCACCCAAUGUAUGGUACCGCCUGUCCAUUCCUGAAGAGACCAUAGACAGAGGCUGGUUAUCUGCUCUUCAGCUUGAAGCUAUAACAUACGCUGCCCAGCAACACGAGACAUUCCUGCCGAACAGUGACAGAGCUUCCUAUCUGAUUGGCGACGGGGCUGGUGUCGGAAAGGGUCGCACCAUAGCUGGGAUUAUAUAUGAAAACUAUCUCCUUGGCAGGAAAAGAUCGCUCUGGUUUAGCGUUUCAAACGACUUAAAGUACGAUGCUGAGAGGGACUUGAGAGACAUUGGAGCAAAAAACAUUCAGGUCCAUUCCCUGAACAAGUUUAAAUAUGGAAAAAUAUCUUCAAAACACAAUGGAAGCGUGAAAAAAGGUGUGAUUUUUGCCACAUAUUCCUCCCUGAUUGGAGAGAGUCAGUCGGGUGGAAAAUACAAGACCAGGUUUAAACAGCUGCUUCACUGGUGUGGGGAAGACUUUGAUGGCGUGAUAGUAUUUGAUGAAUGCCACAAGGCCAAAAAUGUUUGUCCUAUCGGAUCCUCCAAACCGACAAAGACCGGGCUGGCGGUUUUGGAGCUUCAGAAUAAGCUACCCAAAGCCCGGGUCGUAUACGCCAGCGCCACAGGGGCUUCUGAACCUCGGAACAUGGCCUACAUGAAUCGACUUGGCAUCUGGGGCGAAGGUACGCCCUUCAAAGAAUUCACCAACUUCAUCCAGGCCGUGGAGAGAAGGGGUGUCGGCGCCAUGGAGAUUGUUGCCAUGGAUAUGAAGCUGAGGGGAAUGUACAUAGCUCGUCAGCUGAGCUUCACAGGAGUGACGUUUAAGAUAGAGGAAGUUCCUCUGACAACAGACUAUAUCAAAAUGUACAACAAAGCCGUCCGUCUGUGGGUGAGCGCGAGAGAAAAGUUCCAGCAAGCGGCCAAUUUAAUGGACGCGGAACAACGCAUGAAAAAAUCCAUGUGGGGCCAGUUCUGGUCGGCGCAUCAACGGUUUUUCAAAUACCUUUGUAUUGCCUCCAAGGUUCGUCGAGUGGUACAGCUCGCUCGCGAAGAAGUUAAGAAUGGAAAGUGUGUGGUGAUUGGCCUCCAGUCGACGGGCGAAGCACGAACGCUCGAAGCCUUGGAGGAAGGCGGGGGCGAGCUCAACGAUUUUGUCUCCACCGCAAAGGGGGUUCUGCAGUCCCUUAUAGAGAAGCACUUCCCUGCUCCAGACAGACAAAAGCUCUUCAGCCUGCUGGGUAUAGACCUGUCCGCCAAGCCUACGCCAUCGCCCUCUGAGGCCCCAGCGGAACAGAAGGGCAAGAAAAGGAAAGGGGCGGAGGUGAAAAAGGAGGUGAAGAAGGCCCGCAAGUCGGGGGGGCUGUCGGGCAGCAGCUCGGACGAAAGCAACUCGGACGAGUCGGACAACGACGGGGAGAGCGACGACAGCUUUAAGUCGGUCAGCUCCGGGGAGGAGGACGAAGACGACUUCAACCCCUUCAGAGACGAAUCCAGCGAGGACGAGGAAGACGAUCCGUGGCUCAUACGAAAAGAUUCCAAAAAAGUGAAGGAGAAGAAAAGCAAAAAGAAGAAGAAGAGCAUCGAUCCGGACUCCAUACAAAGUGCCUUGUUAGCUUCAGGUCUUGGUUCAACCAGGCCGGCUUUCACAGCAUCCACCGUCAAAUCAGCAUCCACACCCACUGUCGCUAAGACGGAGUCUGUCGAGAGCAGCUGUGUAACCAGUCAGGACGCAGUGGAGGACGCCCAGCAGAUGAAGCGUGAGCUUUUGGAACAGCUCGAAAAACUCGCCGAGGACUUGCCGCCCAACACUCUCGACGAGCUUAUUGACGAACUAGGGGGACCAGAAAACGUGGCAGAGAUGACUGGACGCAAAGGCAGAGUCGUCAGUAAUGAUGACGGCAGCAUUUCGUACGAGUCUCGGUCAGAACUGGACGUACCCGUGGAAAUCCUCAACCUCACGGAGAAACAGAGGUUCAUGGACGGAGAGAAGAACAUUGCCAUAAUCUCUGAGGCGGCCAGCUCUGGUAUUUCGCUCCAAGCGGACCGCAGAGUGAAGAACCAGAGGAGGAGGGUCCACAUGACGUUAGAGCUGCCCUGGAGUGCAGACAGGGCUAUACAACAGUUUGGUAGGACACAUCGAUCCAAUCAGGUCACCGCUCCCGAAUACGUGUUCCUCAUCUCUGAACUAGCCGGAGAACAAAGAUUUGCCUCCAUCGUUGCCAAGAGACUGGAGAGCCUUGGUGCUCUGACACACGGGGACAGGAGAGCCACGGAAACCAGAGACCUCAGUCGCUUCAACUUCGACAAUAAAUAUGGAAGAAACGCACUCGAAAUUGUCAUGAAGUCGAUCGUCAACUUAGACUCUCCUCUCGUCUCACCUCCUCCCGACUUUGAGGGGGAUUUCUUUAAAGAAAUCCGAAAUGGUUUGAUUGGCGUGGGUCUGAUCAACGUGGAGGACAGAUCUGGUGUUCUUUCCUUAGACAAAGAUUACAACAAUAUUGGGAAGUUCUUGAAUCGUAUCCUGGGGAUGGAGGUCCAGCAGCAGAACGCCCUGUUCCAGUAUUUCUCCGACACGCUGAACGCAGUCAUCCAGAACGCCAAAAAGAACGGCCGAUACGACAUGGGAAUAUUGGAUUUGGGUUCUGGAGAUGAGAAAGUGAAAAAAGUGGACGUUAAGAAGUUCUUGACUCCUGGAUAUUCCACUUCAGGUCACGUGGAGCUGUACACAGUUAGUGUAGAGAGAGGAAUGUCAUGGGAGGAGGCCACGCACGUCUGGGCAGAACAGAACGGUCCAGACGACGGGUUCUACAUGCAGGUGCGCAACAACAAGAAAAUCUCCAUCCUGGUGAAGGAGGUCAACACCAAAAAGAGACUCUUUCUGGUUUACAGACCCAACACGGGAAAACAGCUGAAGCUCGAAACGUAUGCGGACAUUCGCAAGAAAUGUAAAAGGUACGAGUUUUUCAGCGUCCUUUCAGAUGAGGCCAAACAGCCUUGGACUGACCAGUAUGUCUCGUCAGCACAUACCUGUUCCCAUGCGUACUGGCGUGGGAACUGUAAGAAGGCGUCGAUGGGCCUGCAGUGCGAGACAGGCUGUCGCUGUAGGACGUACUACGUCCUGUGUGGCUCUGUACUCAGCGUCUGGACCAAAGUGGAGGGCGUCUUGGCCUCGGUCAGCGGAACCAAUGUUAAAAUGCAGAUCGUUCGUUUGAGAACAGAGGAUGGCCAGCGCAUAGUUGGCCUCAUUAUCCCAGCCAACUGUGUGGCUCCACUCACCAACAUACUGUCAUCGUCAGACCAGUCUCAGCAGCUGGCAGUGCAGCAGCAGCAGAUGUGGCAACAGCUGCAUCCACAGAGCAUCAGUCACUCUGCCAACACAUAGCAUGACCCCGGCGUCUCCCGACGACGACGGCGGCGGCGAAGGCGCGGAACCCGCGCUGUGCAUCGCAAGCGAGCCCCUUUCCUCCCCCCCCGACUCCCUGCGGGUGUGUGGCGGCCUAGAACGCUCCGUUGCGCUCUUUAAAUAUUUCAGGGUUCAUGUCCAAAGACGACUCGUCCCUCAAAAAAAAAAAAAA